UAGCUUUUAAUUGUACUAAAAACAAGUUUAAUUCUUCAAUAAUCUCUAACAAGUUCUGUUGUAAAAAAACCUUGACCAGAUUCAUCAAAUAGACAGGCAAUAGCGAAUACACAAUUGUUUUUAAAACAAUGUGGAAUCAUAUGAGCAUUUUUCUAGUCAUACUUUUUGGCUGCAUGUACUUUGCCAGAUGUCAAGUACCAUUUCCUAAUACCUGUCCCGAAGUCAAAAUAGUAGACACAUUCGACUUAGAUAGAUAUAUGGGCACCUGGUAUGAGUACUCGAAAUAUCCAUUUAUAUUUGAGGUGGGACAAAAGUGCCAACAGGCGGUUUACAAAAAUAUAGGAAAUGAUACCGUAUCGGUAGUUAAUACAGGGAUUUAUGUAAUAAUCAACAAACCCAAUAGUGCUGUUGGAAGUGCCAAAGUUUUAGCUCCCGGACAAUUGGCAGUAGAAUUUAGAAAUCAAAAAGUUGACACUGCCAAUUAUUUGGUAUUGGGGACCGAUUACGAUAACUGGGUUGUUGUCUACAGCUGUAGAAAUAUAAGUUCAUAUGGUCAUGCUAAACUUCUAUGGAUUUUAACACGUCAACGUCUACCCUCUGAUGAAGCUAUUCUAGCUGCUAAGCAAGUCAUAAAGGACAAUAAACUAUCGGAGACAUUUUUAAUAAAAUCAACUCAAACGGAUUGUCCCAAUAUUUUGUACGCCAACGGUGAAGAUGAUCAAAUCGCAGAAGCUUCUUUCUCCUCCACCACUAGCGAUGACCAAACUACCCUAGAUUUUUCAUCUACAUCAACCGAACGAGUUGUAGAUACAGCAUGAAAUUUGUUUAUGCGUCUAAUAAGACGCAUAUUCGAUGUAAUUAUAAGUUUUGUGGGUUAUAUGCGAGCAAGUUUUUUCACUUUCUAAAUGCGGUGGCUUGAAUUUGUGAAAAUGUUUGUUAUGUCUUAUUUCUUACUUAUUAUAUGAAUAUGGAGAUUUGUACAUGUGUGUGCAUAAAUUUGCAACUUAUUAAGUUGUUUGAUAAAACAAAUAAUUAUUAUACUUAAUUUAUGAGCAAAA